AUGCCACCUCGAAAUCCGCGUUCGACUUUGGACACUGGGCUUCUCAUCUUCCAAGCAACUUCAACCACUUCCUUCCCCUUUCUGUUGCGGUGCAAGCAGGUUGCAGAGAUGGAUCCGUUCCAGGUGCGCUUGCGCUUCGUCUCUGCGCUGCAACGCGUCAAUGCUUCGCUACCGACCAUCCAAAAAGCGCUUUCGUUUGUCGUUGAGCACGCCGCCACGCUGCACCCGGAGCUGUGGGAAUGCAUCACCGACGAGCUCAAGUCCGCCAGCAUCAACCGCCGCAUCAACCUCCUCUUCCUCAUCGACGCCAUCUUCACCGACGAUACGCUCUCUGCAACAGUCCGGUCGGUGUAUACUCCGCACCUUGAACGCGAUCUUUACCUCAUCUUCGACCUUGCCGUUCCGGAGGACCGCUGGAAUGCGCUACUCAACCUCCCUGCUGCAACCAAGAUGAUCUCAUCGUGGAAAAGCAGAUUUGUACUCGAGAGGAGCUUGUUGGAGGAUGCCGAGAAGAUGUUGGAGGUGAGACGCGCGGCGUUGUAUGCCAUGUCGCCGGAAAAGAGGCGCAAGACAGUGGUCGAUGCGGGAGAUAUGCAGAGGCGCAUCGAGGAGGAUCGAGAGAGACACAAGCGGCUUCGCGAAAGGGCAUGGAUCUUGCCCGCAACGGCGUAUACGAGCCAGAGCUUGUUUGGAACACGACCAGAGCAGCUCGAUCCAACGUACCUCACCCGAACACAGACGGCAAGUCCCAGAGCGGAGCGGGACGAUGUGGAUGGUGAUAGGGUCUGGACUACCCAGGAUCUCGACUUCAGCCACAUGUGGGAAGAAACAAGCGACUUCAACGAUGACGACGUCGAGGCGAUUCAAGAAGACCUCAAGCUGUCGUGGGCAAAUCAACCACCACCACCACAGCCGAUUCCACAACCACCAAUACAUCCAUCGCGAGCACAAGAGCGGUUCUCAGCAUCUCGGCCGCCCCGAGAACCUGCGUCAAUGCGGCAUCCCCAACGCGCGCCCUAG